AUGACAGAAAGCACGAGUAAUAACAGUAGUUGCAAUUCCUCAAAAAUUGCAGACUUUUUUGUAACUGAGUUUUACAGUCGUUUGAAAAAGGACCCCUCAACCCUAUAUGAGCUUUAUCACGAUUCUGGAUACCUAACAUGGGUCGGGAGUCGUUCUGAAAUGAUGGAUGACUCUUUCAACUCACAGUCUGUGAUCAGGGCAGAGACAAAGGAGAGAAUUCGUUCUGCAAUAAAUCUCUUAGAUUUGAGCAACUGUACAACGUAUGUUGAAGUACUUGAAUGUUCAAAAUCUAUCAACAAUUCUUUGUGUAUUACAGCUAAAGGAAGAAUGUAUAUUGGAGAAGGAGAAAGCGUUGGAAGAGGUUUUGUUCAAAAUUUCCUUUUGACUGAAAUUCGUCCAAGGUGGUAUUUUAUUAGAAAUGAUUGUCUCAUAUUUAUGGAUUCUGAGCUACCUCUUAGACAGAGCCUCCAGACUACAGCUAAAAUUGCAAGUAAUGAAUCUGGUAUGGCUAAGAAUAAUGGAAAAAAAUUACAAAUUGAUUCUGCUUUAGAAGCUAGUAAAUCCCAGAAAGAACAAUCCCAUUUAAUUAAGGCUCAUUGUGUUGAUGAACAUAACAAAGAGGCUGAAAAACAGGCCACUAAACCCAGAGAGAAUGAUGAAAACAAAGAUUCAUCAGGAAUAACAGUGGGUGCUCAUGCGAAUGCAAAUUCCCAUGAUGAUCCUCAGCAAAAGAUAUCCGGUUCUAAUGCUGUUAAUACUACUAAUGCUAGUAAAACUCAUGCUAAUACUUCUGUUUCUACUUCCACCCCCACGAAUAAUAAUGCUGCUACUAAUAGUACAUCGGCGUCAUUAUCCUCACCUUUGGAUCAAGCAAAUCAUGCUGAUUCUCUUAAUGCAAAGAAUAACGCUAAUAUUAACCGCUCCAGCCCACAUAAAUACGAAGUUACUAGUUAUGCAGGGAAGCUUAUGGUUGGGGCACUUAAGAAUGGAAAUAGAGUUAAGGGAUAUGCAAUCCACGUUCCGACUGAAGAUAAGAAUAAGACUGCUUCACAAAAUAGUUCAUCAAAGAAACCAAGUACUCAAAAGGACCCAAAAUCAAUCAAGGAUGCAAAAAAUAAACGCAAAAUCUUUGUGCACUCACUUCCUACAAAUAUAUCUGAUGAUCAGAUCAGAGAAGCUGUUUUGAAUCAGCUCAAGGUACAUGGAGGAGGAUAUGUAAUUGACGUUGAGAGAGCCCGUGUUAGUGGAAAGCAUUGGGGAAUUAUUGAGUUAGAUUCAGAGUUCUCUUGUAAGACUCUUUUGAAUAAUGGUCUUUACCUUGGAGGGAUGGAGAUUUCUAUUGAAAGGUGGAAACAAAUCAAUCAACCACAAAGUCAGGGCUUUGGGCAAAAUUCUUCAAAGUUCAACAAUAAGAAUUCUAGCAGGCAAACAGGGAAUAACUAUCAUCAUAAUUCUGGUAGCAAUCCUAAACAUUAG